AAGCGAUUAAAAGUCAAGGGGAAGUCGUCCGGAAGUUAAAAUCAGAGAAGGCGAGCAAAGAGCAGUGAUAGGGUUGCUUACCACUUUUCUCCUGUUCUUCCUGCCUGACCUGUGGUGACCUUGGCCUGUCACACGAUUCAUCUACUUCACCGUCUGGUUAACCCAACCCUCCUGACUGGCUGCUGCGUUGGCUCUGUACAACACCACUGGAUUAUGCUGCACUCUUGAUGCACUCUGAUCUUUUUUUGGUCCUACUUUACUUUUUUUUUUUUUGGAAAUCCAUACCAUUUUCCUGCACUGUGGAAUAACCAUGCUGGGCAUGAUCUGGGUUCGUGCCUGCUCCGCUCUGGUGGGCUUUCGGGCUCCCACAUGUGUCCGAUCUCUUCACUCUUUCCCUGGGAUCACUGUGGCUCAGAUUGAUGAAGAGGUAGCUAAACUGCUGGCACUAAAGGCUCAGUUAGGAGAUGAUGGCAAAACCCAAUUUGUCCUUAAAACACCAAAGGGAACGAGAGACUACAACCCCAAACAGAUGGCCAUCAGAGAAAAAGUCUUCAACACCAUCAUCCGCUGCUUUAAACGACAUGGAGCCGAGACCAUCGACACACCUGUUUUUGAACUAAAGGAAACAUUGACGGGGAAAUAUGGAGAAGAUUCCAAGCUCAUCUAUGAUCUCAAAGACCAAGGAGGCGAGCUGCUGUCCCUCAGAUAUGACCUCACUGUACCAUUUGCCCGCUACCUGGCCAUGAACAAGAUAACCAACAUCAAGCGUUAUCACAUUGCUAAGGUCUAUCGUCGUGACAACCCAGCCAUGACCCGGGGACGUUACAGAGAGUUUUAUCAGUGUGAUUUUGACAUAGCAGGGCAAUACGACGCCAUGAUCCCAGAUGCUGAGUGUCUAAAGAUUGUACAUGAGAUCCUCAACGAGCUGGACCUCGGAGACUUUCGUAUUAAGGUGAACGACCGACGCAUCCUUGAUGGAAUGUUUGCGGUGUGUGGCGUUCCAGAUGACAAGUUCCGAACCAUCUGUUCAACGGUGGAUAAACUGGACAAGAUGUCCUGGGAGGACGUGAAGAAAGAGAUGGUGAAUGAGAAGGGCCUGUCAGAGGAGGCUGCCGACCAGAUUGGGGAGUACGUCAGCAUGCAGGGUGGAAUGGACCUGGCUGAGCGCCUCCUUCAGGACCAUAAAAUGUCUCAGAGUAAGCAGGCCUGCGCUGGCCUCUCAGACAUCAAACUGCUCUUCAAGUACCUACAGCUCUUCCAUGUCACAGACAAGGUGGUGUUUGACCUUAGUCUGGCCCGGGGUCUGGACUAUUACACUGGAGUGAUCUAUGAAGCCGUGCUGACUCAGGCAAGCGCAGUCUCAGCCGCUAAUGAAGCUCAAAACGGCGCCAAUGCAGAAGAGAGUGUGAGCGUGGGCAGCGUGGCGGGAGGGGGCCGAUACGAUGGCCUGGUGGGCAUGUUCGACCCCAAGGGGAGGAGAGUCCCCUGUGUGGGUGUCAGCAUAGGUAUCGAAAGGAUCUUCUCCAUCAUGGAGCAGAAGGCUGAGGCCUCACCGGAGAAGGUGCGCACCACAGAAGUUCAGAUCAUGGUGGCAUCUGCUCAGAAGAACCUGCUGGAGGAGAGACUGCAACUCAUCUCUGAGCUCUGGAAUGCUGGCAUCAAGGCUGAGGUGAUGUACAAAAAGAACCCCAAACUGCUGAGUCAGCUGCAGUACUGUGAGGAAGCAGGAAUCCCCCUCGUGGCUAUACUGGGAGAACAGGAGCUGAAGGAUGGAGUGGUGAAGCUGCGUGUAGUGGCAACCAGAGAGGAGGUCGAUAUAUCCAGAGCAGAUCUUAUCAGUGAGAUCAAGAGGAGAACUGAGGCUUAGCCGCUUCCUGCUUGUUUAGCCAUAAACCAGCCGCGUUAUCUCAUGGGCUCUUCAGAACCGUGUACAGAAUUCAUUCCCUGGUCCACUACAGAGCAAAGACACAGCAGCCACGUGGACUGGUGUUACACAGCAUGUGGUGCUCAUGAGCACAGCAGGAAGCUAACAGGGAACAUGUUUAAAUGAAUGAUGUUGCUUGUAAUGUGCUUUCGGGUGUGUAAAAGAUGCCUCACUCGUUGUCAUUGUUCACAUUGUUCAGUAGGGUCUCUGGUGAAGAGAUGGUAGAUGGAAAUCACACCAAAACAGUCAGUGCACUAUUUAAAAAAAUACAUAGGAGGAUAGCUGUAGUGUUUAAGACCAAGACUGAGAAAAUGUUACACAUUUGUUUUCUACAUGAAUCACGUCAUGAUUUACUGCAGUUAAAGUUCUAAGAAUGCUCCUGUCUGUAUAAAAUAUCCUGUACUGCCCAGUGUCUCAAAUAAAAAGCUUACAUUUUGCUCAAA